GCCCGGCCCCAUUAUUAUCUGCAUAUCCACGCGUGGAAGGAGGAGGGCGGAGGUUGGAGGAGAAGAGGAAGGCGUGCACCUCUCCCGCAAGGCUUACCUUACCUGUCUGGCUCCGGGACACUAUGGAGUUAAUUUAAAGAAAGGUGCUCAAGGAAUGCUUCAUUAGGGUUACGGAAGAAACCAUUUUAAUAUAAUUUGGAGCAGUCCACCUGCUUUUUUUAUUUUUUAUUUUUUUUUUUUACGUGUGGCGGGGACCAGACCACACCAUGGACUGGGUUGCAUACGAGUUCGGCGCCGCGGGACAUAGUCACGUUGCGCGCAUGUGGAAGGGUUAGUGAGUAGGCCUAACUGUAGGGGGUCUAGGGGAGGGGGUCGCAAGAUUUUUCCUGGUUCCGCAUCCAGUACGUACAGUGCAUGGCCCACGAACGGAGUGGCAACGACCAUGCACAAGCCCCUCCGAACCUGGACCCUGUACCCCGUGUUCCUGUGUUUGGGCAUCAUCUACCUCCGGCUCGGGGCCCUGUCCUCAGUGGUGGCUCUGGGCGCCAACAUCAUCUGCAACAAGAUUCCCGGGCUGGCACCUCGUCAGCGGGCCAUCUGCCAGAGCCGCCCGGACGCCAUCAUUGUCGUGGGCGAGGGCGCCCAGAUGGGCAUCAAUGAGUGUCAAUAUCAGUUCCGCUAUGGACGCUGGAACUGUUCGGCGCUGGGGGAAAGGACCGUUUUCGGGCAGGAGCUGCGUGUAGGCAGCCGGGAGGCGGCGUUCACCUACGCCAUCACGGCGGCGGGCGUCGCCCACGCCAUCACGGCGGCGUGCAGCCAGGGCAACCUGAGCCAGUGCGGCUGCGACCGGGAGAAGCAGGGCUACUACAACCAGGAGGAGGGCUGGAAGUGGGGAGGCUGCUCGGCCGACAUCAAGUACGGCAUCGAGUUCUCCCGCCGGUUUGUCGACGCCCGGGAGAUCAAGAAGACCCCACGUCGCCUGAUGAAUCUGCACAACAAUGAGGCGGGGAGAAAGGUUCUAGAAGAAAGGAUGAAGCUGGAGUGCAAGUGCCACGGCGUGUCGGGCUCCUGCACCACCAAGACGUGCUGGACGACGCUCCCCAAGUUCCGGGAGAUCGGCUACGUGCUCAAGGACAAGUACAACGAAGCGGUGCACGUGGAGGUGAUGCGGGCCAACCGCCUGCGGCAGCCCAGCCACCUGAAGGUGAAGCAGACUCAGGGCUACCGCAAGCCCAUGGACACGGACCUCGUGUACAUCGAGAGGUCGCCCAACUACUGCGAGGAGGACGCGGCCACGGGCAGCGUGGGCACCCAGGGGCGCCUUUGCAACCGCACCUCGCCGCACACGGACGGCUGCGACCUCAUGUGCUGCGGGCGGGGCUACAACACGCACCAGUAUACUAAAGUGUGGCAGUGCAACUGCAAGUUCCAGUGGUGCUGCUUCGUCAAGUGCAACACGUGCAGCGAGCGGACGGAGGUGUUCACUUGCAAGUAGGGCGCCGCACAACGCCAGACGAGCAGCAGUGAGAGAUUUUUUUUUUUUUCGUUUUUGUUUUUUUUUUUUUUGUUUUGUUAUGUUUUGUUUUCUUCGCCAUCGACACUACCGGCUCUUCACGGCAUCGUUUUGCACACGAGAAUCUUUCAUUUGCUUUUUCACAAGAGUAAAACGCAAACUAGCAGCAGGCGACCUCACGCCAGGAUGUACGCGGUGACAGCAAUGUUGGGGGGGGGGGGGGGUGGCGUGCCCCGCCCACUCCCCCGGCCCUCCCCCCACCCCCCUCCUCGACGGUGAGAAGUGCACUCUGGGGAUUUUAAGACUGACACUCACGCCAACGUCUGGCAAUGAGCGAAAAACCUCCACGAGUCUUCCGAGCGCUUAAAACGGACACGGACGACCGGAUCCCGAGUCCCCCCCGCCGAACUGGCUCGGGUUGCACGUUUGCGGAAACAAAUGUUGUUAGCGAGGUGCGUUGAGGUGUACCCAAAACAUUAAAGAAAAAAAAAAAAUUAAUAAUAAUAAACAUAAUGAGCAGAGAACUCUUUAGAAUUUUGUGCUGCCAACUGGAAUACGGUGGAGUUAAUGUUAGUCUUCCAGUCACACUGGAACUGUCUGUUCUGAACACUGAAAAAUAAAUUGUUUAUUUAUGUAAUAGUAUCUUUAAAAAAAAAAAAAAAAAAGAAACAAACGAAGCACUAACGGGUAGAGAUGUCUUUUUUUUGUACUAAGUGUUAAGAAAGUACUUUAGGAACUCUGACUGAAGCUGUAUGUGUAUAAGAACCCCCCCCCUGCCCCCCCCUACACCUCAUCUUGUCCUCUUUAAAAUAUGUUUCAUAUUCCCAACACCUUGGCUCUAUUUAAGUGUUGCAUUGUUUGUCCCCCCCCCCCCCCCCCCGUCACGCGGCGGGAAUGUUCCUGGAAGCUGGAUGUUGUUGUCGAGUGCUGCACUGAUACUUUCUCUUCAAUUCGUGCUAAAUAAAAGUCCGCAUUUUGGAAAAAAAAACAAAAACAAAAAAAAGUCCUCACCGCAGGCGCGUGUUUUGUUUAUGUUGUCGCCCGACGCGAGAGAUAAAAAGUUCCGCUGUCUUCUGGUGUCUUGUACAGUCGAAGCCAGAAGUUUCACGUACAGUGCGCGAAAACACGUUUCAUUUUUUCAUCUCGCGGUUUGAAGUCAAAUCAGACUAAAACUGUCUUGUUUCAAGUCAGUCGGGAUCACCAAAAUGAUUUCAUUUUGUAAGAUGCCACAAUAAUGAGAAUUUCUUGGAGAACUUUGUACUAUUUUCUUCAAGGUCAAAAGUUGACAUAUAUUUCCUUAGUUUGGGUGACUUGGAUCAAACGUUUUAGGUAACCUUCCACAAGCUUCUGACAGUACUCUGGAACUGCUGGAACUGAGUCAGGUUUGUCGGUUCCCUCGCUCAUACACACCUUUUCAGAUCUGCAAACGAAUUUCCGAUGGGAUUCAGAUCAGGGCCGCUUCCAGGACAUUGACUUUGUGAUCCUCAAGCCACUUUUGAACCAUUUUGGCAGUAUGGUCAGGAUCAUAGUCCAUUUGGAAGACCCAAGUUUCACUUUUCUGGCUGAUGUCUUGAAAUAUUGCCUUAGUAUCUCCAUGUCAUGUUCUAGUUCCUGUUGUAGCAAAACAGCCUCACAACGUGAUGAUGCCACCUCCAUGUUUCACAGUUGGUAAGGUGUUCUCUGGUCUUCCCCCUUUUACCUCCAGAAGUUGAGUUCUUUGUCUUGGUGUCUUUUUGCAAACUGCAUUCUCCCUUUUUUGUGUUUCUUUUGGGGUAAUAGCUUCAUUCUCUGUGAGUGGCCUUUCAACCCAUGUCAGUUUCACUGCGAAUAUAAUACUUCCUUACCAGGUUCAUCCAGCAUCUUCACAAGGUCUUUAGCCUUUGUUCCGGGGUUGGUUUCGAACCAAAACACUUUCAUCUCUGCGACACAGAGCCUGUCUCCUUCCUGAGCGGUGUGAUGGCUGGACAUACUCGGGAGAUUUAUGCUCGUGUAUCAUUGUUUGAACAGAUGAACGUGACACCUUCAAGCAUCUGGAAAUUGCACCCAAGGAUGAACUAGACUCGUGAAGAUCCAUGAUUAUUUUCUUUGAUUUCCUGACUUAUUUCUUCUGAGUUUCCCUUCAUUUCAAACAAGGAAGAAGAUUGUUUGAGGUGUGGCUUAGGUACUCAUGUCGUCAUUUAACCUAUUAGGAGGUUCCAAAGCCAUGACCUCAUCAUGAGAGCUUCCCUUUGUUCUUUAAAGACGUAGUACUUUUUUUGUGCAUGCAACCGUUUGACCUCAAACAAAAUCAUAUAAAAUCCCAAGAAAUUCCCUCUCUCGUUAUUGUGGCAUUUAACAAAAUUUAAAAAAAUUGGUGUUCCUGACUGACGAGAAACAGGAGAGGUUUUGUUUCAUUUGACUUCAGAGAGUGAGACAAAAAAAUGAAAUGUGUUGUUGCACAGUGCAUGUAAACUUCUGGCUUCAACUGUAGAUUUUUAUGUCUUUCAGAGUUUCAUCAGUAAUUUUGUCAUUAAAGUUCUCAAAUUGAUUAAUCAGUGACAUCAGUGCAUGUUUUUAAAAAAAAUAAUAAAUCAGUGUGCAAAGCUACUGUCUAUUGUCAAUAAAACA